UUGAUUCUAAAGCAGCUCAAGUGCUCAACCAUUCUUGCCAAAAAUCUUUUGUUCUUAUUUUUUUGCUAAAAGGAUUUCCAUUUCCCAAUUCACCAGACGCCUUCAAUCACUCUGCCAGCAAUGGAGCUCUUCCACCGGGCUAAGACAGUCCGUCUCCGGAGCCACCACGACAAGUAUUUAACCGCCGACGAGGACGAAGAAUCGGUGACGCAAGACAGGAACGGCUUGUCCCCGAACGCGCGUUGGACGGUGGAAAUCCCGGAAAACACGGACAACGUCAUCCGCAUGAAGAGCUGUUACGGGAAGUACUUGACCGCCUCAAACCACCCGUUCUUGCUGGGUAUGACUGGCCGGAAAGUGCUGCAGACUCUGCCCAGCCGCCUGGAUUCCUCUUUAGAGUGGGAACCUAUUAGGGAAGGAAAACAUGUGAAGUUCAAGACAAGGUACGGGCAGUUUCUCAGAGCUAAUGGAGGUUUGCCACCGUGGAGAAACUCCGUUACUCACGAUAUCCCUCAUAGGACGGCGACACAGGAUUGGAUUGUCUGGGAUGUUCAUGUUGUGGAUAUUCUGCUAUUAUCCCCUGUUCCGAAACAGCCUCCUCCUUUGGUUACUCCGUCAGAUUCAUUCGCUUCCGAAUCCGAUUCUCCUUCAACAGCUUCAAAUACUUCUCAGAGCAUUUCCGGUAGAGAGUCCGGCGAUUCAUUGGAUAAUGUAGCGAAAAUGGUAGGAGAUGGGAGGGUAAUUUUUUAUCGUAUUGCGGGUGAUCAUGGGGAGAUUGAUGAAGGGGUAGAGGAGCUUUGCAUGCCUUUCAAGGGGAACAACGUGGCUGAGUUGAAGAAGAGAUUGGAGGAAGAGACGAAUCUGGAUGACAUUAUCGUUUGCACUCGAAGCGUGUUGAAUGGGAAGCUUUAUCCCCUUCGGUUGCAUCUUCCCCCAAACAAUGCAGACAUGGCCGUUGUCAUUGUCCCGUCAUCUUCUAAAGUGGCAAAAGAUUUUGCAGCAGCAGAAACAACGCCAUUCUAGAGCAUCCAAAUUUGGAAUGGCUGGAGGGUUAUUUGAAGUGGGGUUUGCAAUUCUGUUGGUCUAUGAGAAGUAUUUGUAAAUACCUUCACAUGGUGAAGUUAGGGUGUAAUAUUUAAUUCUUUUUUAUUUUUUGUUAUUUUCGUAUUAAUAAAUGGCCUAAAGAAUCCAGCACUUGAAUUCA